AUGCGAGAGAAAAUCCAACGGUCGAGGCUGAAGAUAGAAUUGACCUUCGCUGUAGAAGCAAAAGAGAAAGUUGCUACCGACACAGUGCUUGAAUCCGCGGUGGCGACAACCGACGUAGGAGGCGGAGGAGAGGCGCGGAACGGUGGUCUUCAGGGGUUUCUGUCGUCGCUGUUCUCCACUCUCGGUGGUGUUUUUAGCUCGUCUUUUCAAGAAACACAGCAAAACGUUGUCAUGGCUUCCAGAGCGGAACAACCCAUCAAUGGUGAGGUUCGUGAGAACAAGCAGAAGAAUAUGGGUGGUGAAGGAAGAAACAGAAGGGUUCUUCAGGAUAUUGGGAAUCUUGUGGCCAAACAAGGCAAUGGUGGUAUCAAUGUGUCUAAACCUGUCACAAGGAACUUUCGUGCGCAAUUGUUGGCCAAUGCACAAGAGAAGACCAAGAAAUCAAGCACUGAAGUGGAGAAUGGCGUGGUGGUAGCAAAGGCGAAGGCAGCUCAGAAGCCUAAAGAAGAACCUGAAGUAAUUGUGAUUAGCUCUGAUGAUGAAUCGGAAAAGGAGAUUCAAUCAGUGGUUAAGGGAAAAAAGACAAGAGACAAAAAUGCCAAGGCCUAUAGUUCAGUCCUGUCUGCACGAAGCAAGGCUGCUUGUGGACUCCCAAGGGAAUUGGUAGUGAACAUUGAUGCAACUGACAUGGACAAUGAAUUGGCAGCAGCUGAGUAUAUUGAUGAUAUCUAUGAAUUUUACAAAAAUACUGAAAAUGAUGGCCGUGUGCAUGAUUACAUUGAUUCACAGCCAGAUAUUAAUGCCAAGAUGAGAUCAAUCCUUGUGGACUGGUUGAUAGAAGUGCAUAGAAAAUUUGAGCUCAUGCCAGAAACUCUCUACUUGACCCUGAACAUUGUUGAUCGUUUCCUGUCUGUGAAGGCUGUGCCUAGAAGGGAACUUCAGCUUGUUGGCAUCAGCUCUAUGCUGCUAGCCUCAAAAUAUGAAGAGAUAUGGGCACCAGAGGUCAAUGACUUUGUGUGCAUAUCAGACAAUGCUUAUGUCUGUGAACAAGUGUUGUUGAUGGAGAAGACAAUUCUUAGGAAGCUGGAAUGGUACUUAACGGUUCCUACACCCUAUGUCUUCUUGGUUCGGUACAUCAAAGCCUCCACUCCAUCUGAUAAAGAGAUGGAAAAUAUGGUGCUUUUCCUUGCUGAACUUGGUAUGAUGCACUACCCUACUGUAGUCUUGCACUGCCCCUCUUUGAUUGCUGCUUCUGCUGUACUUGCGGCUCGAUGUACCCUUGAAAGGACCCCAUUCUGGACAAGCACUUUGAAGCACUACACACGCUACUCUGAGGAGCAACUCAGGGAUUGCGCCAAAAUCCUAGUCAACCUUCAUGCCGCUGCUCCAGAAAGUAAGCUUAGAGCAGUUUACAAGAAAUUCAGUAGCUCAGAUUGCUGCUCUGUUGCCCUUCGUUCUCCAGCAAAGAACUUAACCACACUGUCUUAA